UGUUAAAAUCAUAAUAAAUAUUCAUGUGUCUAUGAUACAUAGUCCAUACCCACAGUGGUGCACAUUAUUAUUACUCUGCAAUUUGUGAGUUAUGACUUAUGAGUCGUAGGUGUUCACCAUGAAUUAAGGUAUAUUAAAGGUAUAUCGUGUUAGGUGUCACCAUAGAAUAAAAUAUGUAUUAUGGUAUCAAGCCAGAAUUCGGCACAGUUACACAAAAAUGAUAAGGACAUGUGAGAUAAUGGGCGUCCAAGAAAACAAUUCCACUUUAAUGAUGUUAUAGGCAGGUAACUUUUUACUAUGAAAUAUUGGUACUAGGCUAUUAUAGUUGUUGUUAUUACGUUUCUUUUGUUCGUUUCUGUUAAUUUUUUUAACUAUUUUUACUAUUAUAGAAUUGCAAUAUUUUAUGUUAAUUUCCUAUGUAGUUAUAUGAAUUUUCCAUAAAAAUUGUAAAACGCGUUAUAAUUGAAAACAUGUAACAUAGUUAUCUAAUAUUUUAAUUGUGAAUUCUGUAGCUUUUUCAAUCAAUUAUUUUUCAAAGCAAUAUGUGGGUGAAUCCCAAAGAAGUAUUAAUUCCUCACACUUUUUGGUAAAUAAAAUAUGCAUAUACAUAUUUAUUUUUUAUUAUUUAAUGUGAUUUGAUAAGUAAAAUUUUGUUUAGGCAAACCGAAAAGUUCAGUGUGUACUUUUUGUUACAACACCGCGUUGGACUUGGACAAGGGAAUAAAUUGUCUUCGUUAUUAGUUGGUACAUUUGACAGUAUAUUCGAUACAAGACCAUGUCCUUACAGAAUUUUGCACCGAACAGCAAAUUCAGAAGUAUAUUAUGGUAACAUAAUAUAAUCAUUUGAUAAUUCUUAUAAUACCGAUACAUGUUUAUUUUAAUAAAACAGUUUUAAUAACUUUUAGUAAAGCAGUAUCUAGGCCAGUUUAUUUGAAAUAUAGCUUUCUGAAUUUACUGACUAUAAUAUUUUUUUGUCAAUAACAUUUAAUUUGUAAUUUAAGAACACAUUUCUACUAAUUGCAUUUUUAUUUAGUAAACAUAUAGAUAACAAACCUAUUUGUAUCAAUGUUACAUUUAACACUUCAAUGGUUUAUAAAAAAGAAAUAUUCAAGACUAGACUAAUGCCCGUAUUUAAUUGAAAAUAUAGUCAGUAAUUUGUUGCUUAAUUAAAUAAAAAAUUGUUUUAUAGCAUUCAAAUUCUUUUAUAGAUUCUAACAAGUUAAUAACACAUUAACCUACUGAAUUUAGGAUUUUUAAAGAUUAAUUUUAAUUUAAUUCAAUGCUACAUUAUUACUGUGAGUAUUCAACAUAGGUUAUUAGUAAAUGAUUUUAGAAAGCAAUAACUGAAUAUUACAAUUUGGUUUUAACAUUUAAUUGGUACCUAUAUUAAUCAGUGAUAUCCAUUCUAAUAUGUAAUAUUAUUUUUAAUCUGCAAAUAAUGCAUUAGUUUAUAGUAAUUAUUAUUUUUAGAAAUAGCUUGUGCAUUGACUGAAUCAGACAUUUUAAAAGAUUGGGAAUGGUUAGAAAAUAACUUGGAUCUUAGAAGUUUUGAGAAAGAAGAAGAUAUUAUUGACUUUGUUUGCUGUAAAAUUAAAAGUUUAGUUGCAACUCAUUUAUCUGAAACACCUGAUGAAGAAAACUCUGAAUCAUUUAAAGAUGCAUCAAUAAAGUUUCACCGCCUCUUCAAUGUAUCUCGUGAUAGUACUUUAGUAUGCUACUACUCUUGCAGGUGAGUUUAAUAUAUUUAGUUCAUCAUAGUAAUUACUAAUUUUUAUUAUUUUCAUGUUUAGCUAUUGGAAGAACAAAUUUCCCCGUCAAGGUUGGCUUUAUUUGUCAAUAGAAUAUUUAUGUUUUUAUACAUACAUACUAGGAAUAGAAGAUAAAAUAGUUGUGAGAUGGGCCGAUGUUGUAAAUUUGGAAAAAAAUAAUAAAAUGUUAUCAGAUUCAAUCAAAGUGACAACAAGAGAUAAAAGGGAAGUAUGUGAUCUUAAACUUGUUUAUAAUCCAAUUCUGAAAGUAGUGAAUUUAUAAAAUUGUAUUUAAUUAGCAGGAAAUAUUUUUUAAAUUGCUUACUUUUUGUUAUCUAAAUUUAGCAGACUCAAAUUUAACUCAAAAUAAAAAAAGACAUUUCAUUGAUAAAACAAUAUCUGGUAAUUCACUCUAAGCAAUUUUUAAAUAUGAAAUUUGGGACUUAUUCAUAUAUUAUUUAUUACAUUUUGUCCUAAAAAAAAAAUAUGUGUAUUUAUCAGUGUUAAAAUUUAAUAGUGUGAUAAAAGAAUUAAUUUAACUUUAGUAAAUCUGUAUUUGUUAUAACAUUUUCAAUUAUAAUUAAAGUAAACUUUAUUCACCAAUAUCAAAUCGUAUUUGUACAAGGUAUGCUAAAUAUCAGAAUUUAAAUGAUUCAGAAUUAUUAAUAAUAACAAUAAUUCCAACUAACUUUAACUGGUUGUUUAUAAUUUAGUGUAGGAAAACUAAUUUAUGUUUACAUUAAUUUUUUUAGUAUUGUUUUUCUUUGUUCCGGAAAUCAUCUGAGACAUUUUCGUUGAUGAAGCAACUUGUUAAUCUAGCAAUGAAAGGGUAAUCAACAUUAUUAUGAAUUAUCAAUAAAUAUUUUUAAUUUAAUUUCAAUUCCAUUAAAUUUAAAGUUUUAUUAAGUUGUUCUGGAAGAUUCUUAAACACAAUGUACAACAUAAUAUAUAAGUAUUAUCUGAAAAAAAAUUGUUUGAAGAACUCAUCUUUUUAAUUAAAAUAGAAAAUUAACUUCUUGAAAAUGUUUUUUUUUUAAUAUUAUGUACACAUAUAUUAUUAACUUAUUGUGUAUUUUUUUUUUUUUAGAAUAAUUAAUGAUGUCUGGUUUAACAAAGAUCAUAACCUGCUUAACAAACUUAGGUAGGUACAUUUGUUCUGUAAAUUAGCUUUCUCACCCCCAUUUGUUGUCCUUAUUCAUAUUUCAUAUCCUUUUUAUUUUAAAAAUAGUCUUAGAAUUAAUAGUGUGAAUGGCAUGGGUUAACAGUAUACUAAUAGACUAUAUUUAAGAAAACAUUAUUUCAAUAUUAUAUUUUUUUUAAAUUAGUUACUAAAAAGUUGAAAAGGUAGGAUACAGGGUUAUUUAUUUUAUAUCUUUAUGCAAUAAUACAUUAUUGCUAAUGGAAUAUUGAUUGUUCAGAAUCAUGAUGUUCUUUAUAUAUAAUAUAAUAAGCACAAUACCAUCCUUUGUGAGUACUGUCAGGUAGUUAUUAUAAAUAUAAAUUCAGUUUAAUGCUAAUUACACUAUCAAUAGUACAAAAACGAAUUCAUCUAGAAUCCAGAUGCAUGUGGUAAGUCACAGACAACAAAUAUGUGGGUGACCUAUUCUUUAAAGAUUUUAAAUUAAAUGAUUUUUUUUUAUUUCAGUAUGCAUGUUCCCAAAAAACAAUCAUUUGUAAAACGUGAUUUAGAUGCUAGAGCUAUGUCUGAACUGUAUAGACUUCUCUUCCGGUUGCCUUUAAAUGAAAAACUUGACGGAGUAACUAAUGCUACAUUAUUCACUCCAUAUGAUAAAAAUCUUGUAUGGGGACAAGUGUAUUUAUUUCAAAAUUUUAUGUGUUUUAAUAGUAAAGUGAGUAUUAACUUAAUUCCACUAAUAUAUUUUAUUAUAUUAUUAAAUUUUUAAUUUAAUGUUGUGUAAUACAGUCAAAAGUCUCAUUAAAUGUGGUUAUUCCAUUAUGUGAUGUAUCUCAAGCUGAAAAAUUGGACUACAUGCCUGAUAUACCGUUUGAUAAUGCUGUAAUAAUAACAUUGAAGUCUUCAAGUACUAAUGAUAAGCCUCCAGUUUUCAUAUUAUCUCAUAUAAUGGAAAGAUCAUUUUUCUUAAAAAAAGUAUCUGAACUUUUGGGUAAAUUAAAUACGUAAGUAUUUAUUAAUUUGCUUAAAUUAAAAUCAGUAAAAAAACUUAUAGUAUAAUUUAUAAAUUAUUAUAAAAGACAAAUAUUUAUAGACGAGCAGUUAUUAAAAGCUAUAAGACUGACAAGUUGUCAAAUCAUGAACAACAACCAUUGAUGCUUACUUUUUCUAUGAAUGAGCAUGAUAAUUGUUUGAUUAAAAUAAAACAACGUACAAAAGAAGUUGAAUGGGAAUUGUACUUCAAAGAGCACGGAAAAGGUGUUUCAAUGUAUAAAACUAAAGAGUUGGUGAAUUUGGUUUUAGUGGGAAUACCAGAUUCAUUGAGAUCAAAUCUUUGGCUGACAUUUUCUGGUAUGAAAUAUUUAUAUAAUUUUAUAACAAAUAAUCAAUAACAUUAUUUGUAUUCAAUUUAAAAUUUGCAUACUAUUUAUUUUUAAUGUACAAAGAUUAAGAUCAAUGAUACUAUUUGAAAUUAAAUUUGUUCACAAUAUUUUUAAAAAAUGUUUUUAUAAUUUUUAUUUAACCAUUAUAUUAUAUUUUAACUAUUGUUGGUAGUUGCGAUAAUAGAAAAUCGUAAGUAGUCACGAUAACCAAAAAGUAUCAUUUUCUAUUGCAUGGAGACUAUAAGUAUUUGGCGAUACUUGUUUGAAUAAUAACAAAAUCAAAAUAUUAUAAUAUCUUAAAAAUGGUUAUAUUCAAUGCUGAAUUGUGUGAUUUUAGUCAAUUGUGUUCAGCAUCCUAAUGCUUGGGGGAUCACUAGUUCUAAUACAUUUCUUAGGUAUGUAGGUUAGUUUUUUGCCACCUUAAAACUAUCACCUAAUUUACAAGUUUUAACUCCUAUCAUAAAAAUUAAAAUCUAAAUAUGCCACUAGCCAACUAAUUCACAUUCAAUUUUACUUAAACCGUAUAAGAAACAAGUGCAGAUCCAGGUAGGGAUGUGCCACCCUCGUUACCAAAAACAUUACUUUAUUUUUAUGGUUUUAUAUGUAUCAUUUAUUUACUAUUGUUUUAUAUGUACCAUUUAUGUAAUAUGGUUUUAUAUGUAUCAUAUAUAAUACGUGAACAUGUCUGACACUCUUUAUGAUUCUUUACUCACUUAUGCUGGUAGUAUGGUAAAUGAUCUAGGUAUUACUCUUAAUGGGGAACUAACAUUUCACGAUCAUAUUAAAAAAUCCUGCUGCAAGGCUCUGAAAACACUUGCUUCGUAAAAAGGGAUCACCACUUAAAGCGUUAUUCUGUGCACUUAUCGGAUCUAUUUUAGAAUAUGGCUUUUUUAUUUGGGACUCAUCUACUGUGAGCGGUAUAACCAGUUAGAAAGGUUAAAACUUAAAUUUUUAAGUUUUGCUGCUAUAGUACUUCACAUUGACUACUUAUCCCAUGAGUAUGAUCCAAUACUUAAGUGGCUUGGAUUAACAAUCCUAACUGAUAGACAGGUAUCUACUAACAAAGUGUUCCUACGUAACCUCAUAAAUGGCUCUAUAGACUAUCCUGUAUUGUUAAGUCAGCUUGAUUUUAAAAUCUCUAGCUUCCAUUUUCAAGCAACUUACCUGUUUUUCAUUCCUCUUUGCACCACAAUUACUCUCAUAAUAGACCAAUGUUUAGAUAGACGCAUAUUGCUAAUGAGGACCCAUUGUUUUAUUUUUCUUAAUCAAUUGUAACAAUGUCCUUAUAUUAAUGUCAUUUAUCUGUAAUUCACUUUCCUGUUAUUAUUAUUAUUUUGUAUAUAUUUUUCUGUACCUUGGACCAUGGCCCAUUUUAUAAUAAAAUAAAUAAAUAGAUUCUGAGCAUACCAUAUAUUGUUAUUAUAUUUGCUGUUUAAUUUUGUGUCUGUGAACAAAUUUUUUACCAGAAAUCUUAUGCCUACUUUUAAAUGUUGCAUCUUCAAAUAUUAUAUCUAGAUAGUAGAAGUUCUUUUUGAAUUUUUCUUGUAGUUUUCUGAAUAAUUGAAAAACCAGGAAAGUUUACAGCAAUAAUAAUGAUUUCAUUAUUUUUGAUUUUGUAUUUUGUUGUGAUUCAAUUAAUGAUAUAAUUGUAGAGAUCUAAACUUUUCACAAAAUUUCUACACAUGGAAAAAUUUUCAAAACAUUCUGGGCUAUUUUUGAAUUUCUUAAGUUUUAAUUGGAUAAAAUUAUUUCAGCCUCACAAAAAUUCUUAUCAAUUCAUCAAAAGUUUUAAUUUGAAAUUUUGAUGAAAAUCAUAAAAAUCACGUUAUUUCAAAACAUGUUUAACCUUACACCACUCAGAAUUGUUUUUGAAAACAAUAAUUUAUCUUUCUCAACUUCUUGUUUACAACAGUGGUACACACAUUAUUUCUUUUUUGUUCAUUUUUUUAUUUAAAGGUGCAUACCAUGAUAUGGUGGCUAAUCCUGGACUAUAUAAUGAAUUAGUAGAGAUUGCCUCUAAUACUAAAUCUAUAGCACAUGAUGAAAUAGAACGUGAUUUGCAUAGAUCACUGCCUGAAUGUCCAGCCUUUCAGUCUGAAAUUGGGAUAAAUGCAUUACGUCGAGUACUCACAGCAUAUGCAACAAAAAAUCCUCAAAUUGGUAAAAUUACCUACAUUAGAAUAAUUGCUUAUUAUAUAUAUAUAUUAUAAACAAAGUAACAUAUUAUUUGUAUAGGUUAUUGUCAGGCCAUGAACAUUAUUGCAUCUGUUUUAUUAAUUUAUUGUACAGAAGAAGAAGCAUUUUGGCAGUUAGCUUGUAUUUGUGAAAAUAUGUUACCGGAUUACUACAAUAACAAAGUAGUUGGAGCGUUAGUUGACCAAGGAGUUAUGGAUAAUCUAAUAGCUACUCAUUUACCAUUUAUACAUGAUAUUUUAUAUAGACUCGGUUUAAUUCAGAUGAUAUCUUUGUCUUGGUUUCUUACAAUAUUUCUUAGGUAAAACAAAUUGAAAAUAAUUUAAACCUUUUGUAAAUUUAUCUAUAUUAUUCACAGUGUUAUGCCAUAUCAAAGUGCAAUUCACAUUGUCGAUUGGUUUUUUUUUGAUGGCGCUAAAGUUAUAUUUCAAGUAAAAUAGUUAAAUAAAUUUUAUUUUCUGUUAUAGAAAAAAUGGUUAAACUUUUUUUUUUUUAGGUAGCUUUAUCAAUUUUAGAAAUGAAUCAGAAACAAUUAGCUUGUUGUCGUGACGAUGGUGAAGCAAUGCAAACAUUAUGUAAUUAUUUGUCGGGCAUCUAUAAUGAAGAAUUAGCUCAAAAUGAAAUACAUAAAGAUGGCGAUCAAGUAGACAGGGUAAAACAAUUAUUGUUAAUAUAUUACCCUAAUAAUUGAGAACUCAAUAAUAUUUUGUUAUGAUUAGUAAAUUUAUUGCUUAGAAUAACUUAGUAUAACUAAAUUAAUAAUAGUCUCAAAAUAAAUCAUGAAACCAUUCUCAGCAAAUCUUAUAAAAUGCCAUGUUUCAUAAAUAGAAGCACCCAAACAUUUUUUUAAAAUCCAAAUGCUAAAAAAAUACUUAAUUUUUCGUUUGUGCGAUUAGUUUUUGUUAUUUGGUCCCAAUCAUUAUCCAGUUGUAUAAUUGUUAAUGUAAUCAUCUUCAUAAUAUCCAAUUUAAUUUUUUUUUUUUUUUUUGCCUCUAAGGCUUGUAGGUACCCAUUUCUAGAGACUUUUAUUUUAGUCCAAAAUUUUAUAAAAUAACAUUCUCUUGUAUUAAAAUAUCAGUUUACUUAAGUUAUGUUUGUAUAUGAUCUAUUAAAUAGGUAAUAAUAUUUUUAGCCUGAAGUUUCAUCUCAAAUUAAUGUUUGAAUGCAGUCUUUUUAUUCUUGUAAUCGCAGUAUUUUUAGUCUAAAAUUGGUUAUAAUUCUUUUUUAGUUAGAGCUUUGAAAAUUGCAAAUAUAAUCUCUGCCACCUUAAAAAGUUUUAUAGACCUCGUGAUACUUUUAGAUUUAAGUCAAACUUAUUGUUAAGAAAUUAUUCUAAGACGCAAAAAUUGUAUAAACUAGCUUUAUCUUCAACCUAAUCCUAUCAGUGUAAUUAUUUUAGUUAUUAUUUUUGUCAUAUUUAUUAUUGUUAUUUCACAUAUUAUUCAGUUUUUUUAUUUUAAUUUAGUAGUAGCCUUGGCUAUUAAGUUAAUAAUUAUGUACACCACAUUCUUACUGUAAAAGAGUUAGUCCUAUUGAAUUAAUUUAAAAAUAAAACAAUACUAUAAUGCUGUACUCAAUAAUAUAUAUUAUUUUAAUUUGUUGGGUUAACCAAUGAUGCCGUAAAAAUAAUUUACCAUUUAUAAUUAAAAACAAAAAAAUAUAUUUUUAGAGUGUUUCUGUUCAAGAACUAAUCAAUAAUGGAUAUAAAAAAUUUGGCACUAUCUCUAGUGAAACUAUUGAAAAUCUCCGUAUCAUGCACAGGCUUAAAGUGGUACAAUCAAUGGAAGACGGAAAUGAAAAAAACAUAGUCAGAUCGUUAGUUCCUGAUAAAUACUUUUCAUCUGAAGAAUUAAUGGUACUUAUAACAUGGAUAACUUAUCAUUAAUUUAUAUUGUAUUCAACAAAAUUUAGUUGUAUAUUAUUCAAAGAUAUUAAAGUUGUAAAUAGGCCACUCCUAUGCUUAAUACAUUGUAGAUCGCGGUCCAAUAGUGGUAGUUAUUAGCAUAGUAAGCAUAUAAUUGAUAUUAUUACAGUAUUGACUAAUGUUCAUAAACGAAAAAAGAGCCGAUACUUGGGAUGGGAGUGGUCACUAUUGUAGGUGAGAAUUUGGGAAGGUAGGAUACAUAAGGUUAUUUCAUUUAUAUCUAUAAGCAACAAUAAAUAUAAACCAUUACUUGACGAAAACUGAUUCUGAGUGCAGUUCGGUAAUACAUAAUUUAAAGUAACAUAUUUUUUUUUGCAAUUUUUGUUUAAAUUUAAUUUCAAAAUAAUUAUUAAAAAAAAAAAAUCAUCCGAUGAUUUUGGAAAUUUUACGAUGUCUAGAUAAGUCCAAUAUAAGUAUUAUUACUAUGUUUCAAGUCUGUACGUGUAUUAAUAACCAAAUUACAACAAAAGAAAUUCCCUAAAAUUAAAAUUCCUUGAAAGUUUAAAAGUAUUGGAAUGAUACUGUAGGAAAGUAAAUCAAAAAGACAACAAAAAAGGUAUCUUGUGAUUUUUCGAUUAAAUAAUUUUCUGUUGGAAAACGUUCAGGUUUUUAUUAAAUAAUGGAAUCGUGAAAUUGUAUAUUUUCCUACGUUUUUUUCCCAUUUAUUAAAUGUUUUUAUUUUAAAUAUAGCAUUGAAAAUCAAAAAAUGACUUCUUCAAAGUACAAUCUAGAGUUGUAAUCUUCAAUUGCUACACAUAAAAAUCGGAGCAAUAUCCUAUUUAUAUCUUUAAUACCUAUCAUUUAAUUUUAUUGUAAAUAUUACUUUAUGUAACAACUAGAUAGCCAAUUGUAUAUUAUCUCUAAUACACACCUGUAAACCCAAACACAAGUGAAUCCAUACAGCAGAACAAUGUUUACAAUGUUUUGUAAUAACUCAAAUAUCUGUGUGUGAUAAUAAUAAUAAAUAAAAUGUAAAUCAUUCUUCUUUGAUCAUAAUAUGAAAUAUGAAUAACACAUAGAUUACAUGCAAGUGAGAUUUUAAGUCCAAAAUGCAACAAAAAUGGUUUCUAGUAGAGAAGUUGUAUACAGCUAACAAAAAUAUAGUAAAACCAAUUGUUCCCUUGCUACGCUCAGAAUCUAAAAUAUUCCUGGGAAUACGAGGAACAAAUAAGAACCCCAAAAGUAAAUGACCAAGAAUAGGAUAUGUUUUUUGUAUUAUCUCUAAAUAAAAUUUGAAUAACUGUUAUCGGAGAUCAAAAUAAAUAAAGCUCAGAAAACGUUCUACGUACUGACAAAGUUCUUCACAUCCAGAAUGUUGUCCAGGAAAACGAAAGUAAGACUAUACGUGGCUAUUAUAAGACCGACUCUCACGUAUGGCUGCGAAGCUUGGACAACGACCAAACAAGUAGAAAGAAACCUGAGAACUUUUGAACACAGAGUAUGGAGAAAAAUAUGUGGACCUGUCUUUGAUGAAACAAUGGGGAAUUGGCGAAGGAGGUACAAUAGAGAGCUGUACGAUAUGUUGGAUUUAGCACCAGUAACAAGCUUCAUCAAGAGUCAAAGAAUACAAUGGUUAGGCCACAUAAUGAGAAGAUGAGNUUGAGAACUUUUGAACACAGAGUAUGGAGAAAAAUAUGUGGACCUGUCUUUGAUGAAACAAUGGGGAAUUGGCGAAGGAGGUACAAUAGAGAGUUGUACGAUAUGUUGGAUUUAGCACCAGUAACAAGCUUCAUCAAGAGUCAAAUACAAUGGUUAGGCCACAUAAUGAGAAGACGAGAGAACGAAGUAGUUAGAGGAGCAUUAGAAUGGAAGCCAUAA